GUCCUCUCCACACAGCCAUGACGGAGGAACCAGAGUUUCUUCCUGCUGUUUCUGGUUUCUACACGGAGGGGUUUCUGCACGGGACGGAAGUGACGCAGUAGCCUCACUUUUGGAACCGCGCGCUGCAGAAAAAUACACUCUUUGUUAUUUUUGUUAAAAUUGUCCAUUUUUGGAGUAAAAAUGGCGACGAAGCGAAAAUGUGAUGCAACUGUUCCCGCGGAGGAGAGCGACCAGCUGCUCAUCCGCCCGCUAGGAGCCGGACAGGAAGUGGGACGCUCCUGCAUCAUAUUGGAAUUCAAAGGACGUAAGAUUAUGCUGGACUGUGGGAUCCACCCUGGUCUGGAGGGGAUGGAUGCUCUGCCGUACAUCGACCUGAUCGACCCGGCUGAGAUCGACCUGCUGCUCAUCAGCCA